AUGAUCAAAAAAAAAUUAGUUAGUGGAAUUACUAUUUCCGGAAAUUUAACCAUUGCACAUUAUUUAGUCAUUAUUCGUUGCCAUGUUUCGUUUGGUGAAUUAAAUCGCAUGACUCAAUUUAAAGAUAAAAAUCGAAAAAAAAUCGAAUCCUCAUUUGCUCUGCUGUAUUAUCCUCUUUUAAUGGCAGCCGAUAUCAUGCUUUAUGAUGCCGAUGUUUUGGUCGGACCCGAUCAAAAACAGCAUAUCGAACUCGCUCGCGAUAUUGAAGAAAAACAACGGAUGUCGAAAAAAUCAGGUACUAAUUAA